GCGGAUCCCAGAACUUACGGUCUCCGUCCCCGAUUAUGGCUCCUGAUGAUAACUGAUAUCGAUGCACUAUGUAACUCAGUCUACGAUCACGGAGGGCCUUCAAAGCACAUAAGGAGGGUUUUUUCAACUGCAGUUUAGGGGAAAAGCGCUAACGUGUACAGGCGUUAUGUUUUUCGCGCUCUUCGGCUCUCGCUCGCCUCGCUUUCGCCUCUGUUCGCCUAAAAUACGCAAAAAAAAAAAAAAAUUACGCCUGUUCUGCGGGCUACAGACCGUACUACUGGUAUUAAUUUUAUGCGAAAGCUCAUCCAAGGGCAGCAUUCAACAACAUGGCAGAUUCAGCUGUGCGUUUCCUGUUGCUAUCGACAACACUUGGGACUCUUCUACGUACGCCAAAGAUACAGGCACAGAGUACAAGUGUUUUAACAAUUUCUACGUCACCGUUUUCCGUGUCCCCAUCAAGUUCUCUGGCGACGUCACAGACAUCAGCUUUCCCUUCAAGGUUCAAGUCAUCCCUUGCUGGCCAUUCAUCGUCCGUCUUGGCAAACGUCUCGUCAACACACUCCGUUGGAAGGGAUACCGUCACAUCGCAGGCGACCGCUGCGGACACCGUUGCUCCUACUACUACGUCGCAGCAGCUGAUAAGCAGUACGCCAGUGUCACCAAGCCAGUCUGUUACCUCCUCACCCACGACCAAAGAUUCAAAACCAGAUGAAGACGAUAAAGAAAGCUUCACCAUAACAGAGUACAUCUUAAUUGGUUGCCUUGGCUCGUUUGGUUUCGUUUUGAUGGCCAUCAUUUAUCUUGUCGUUCAGAUAAAACGCCUGAAUAAAUCUGUACACAAUUUGAAAGCCACAAGCAACCGCUAAACGCUAAAAUAACAACAUAAAAAACAGCAACACGAACAAAGUUCACCGUAAUUUCUUUUACUUACUCAGUGUAAGGCAUGAUCAGUGUGAGUUAGUUAUACAUAUAGGGAAUUUUGCGUCAAGUAAAUCGUUUCGUCAAGCUGUUCAACCAAAUUAUAAUUUAAAUCUGUAUAUUCUUACUAUUACAGCGCAUAACGAAAAAUUAUUCACCUUAUAAUAAUCACUUUAUAACGAAAUCAUACAAGGAUUUGUCGGCCGAGUAAUAUGGACAACGUUUUGUCCGCACACAACGUUGUAUGGCAACUCAAAGGGCGGUGUUGUCGUCGAACGUUUUAGAAACAAGUUGCAAGAGGACUGCAAGAGUUCAAGAUUAGUCAGUUAAUAGAGAAUGGUUGAAUUUAACUAUGGUUCAACUUUGUGCAAAAUGUUGUCCGCAUUGUUUGGCCCUAACAAAACCGUGAAAAAAUGUCCCGACUUACAUAGGUUGGUCACUAGGAACAUAACCGACCUACUUGACUAACAAUAGACGGAUCGAAACCCACCAAUGACUGAUGACAAACUUUACACGAGUCUUUCAGCCAAUACCA